AAUAAGAAGUAAGUUUUAGUAGCCUUCAACAACCCCAACAACAACAACAACAACAACAAGAUGUCUACUGCAGAGUACGUGAAGGAUGAGUCGGAACAUGAUGUUCCAGUCGAUUUAUCACAUCCAGAUCACCAGCCGCAGCUGGAUGAGCAAAGUGUGACCCCCAGCCAGGGACUCGAGUCCGAGACCUCUCGCUUGGAAGGACAGUGCUUCAUUCCAGCAUCACAACGUCCUGAUGGAACAUGGAGGAAAGCAAGACGCGUAAAAGAUGGUUAUGUGCCACAGGAAGAAAUGCCCUUGUAUGAAAGUAAAGGGAAGCAGUGGGCAAAAAAUAAACCGGACUUACCAGUAGGUCUUGCACCAGCUGAUGUUGCUGCUGUGAAGGCUCGGCAGCAAAUGAACGAUGUGGGCAUCCCAGGCUUAGCACUUCCGGCGAAACAUGGCAUGUCCAAGUCACAGAAAAAGAAAGCAGCAGCAGCCAAGAAGAAGGCUGCAGCAGCUGACAUGGAAAUAACCAGAGAUUUGGAAAACACACACAUUUCCAACACAGUUGCAGGAGGGAAACAGCCAUCAACUUCUGAUCCUGCCAAGCGAUUACGUAAUCUAAAGAAGAAACUGCGCGACAUUGAGAAGCUGGAGAAGCAGAUUGCAAAUGGUGAACUAAAACAUCCAGAACGCGAACAACUGGAAAAAGUGAAAAAGAAAGAUGAGGUUAUACAGCAAAUUGAAGACCUAGAAGAAGAAAUUGAUGACACUCAGUAGUAAAAUAAGCAUCUUUGGUUGCAGAAAUGGGACAAUAUUUCAAUGACUAAAAAUUAUUAUUGCAGAUGCUAGUGGACCUCUUGGUAAUAUGGCUUAUGAAAGUUUAUUAGUUGAUUUUAAAGUAGUUUAAACAGCAAAUGGAAAAGUAGCUAGUGGUAGUGAAAUAAAUUUCUGUAGCUCUUUAACCCCUUAGCUGUACAUUUCUUUUACUGUUGUAUGUCCAAUAUUAUAUAAUGAAUGAUUAUUAAUUAGGCACAGAGUUGCACUGCACAGUUAAGAAAUUUUCAUAAAUGUGUAUUUUAUUCUUAUGGUGUAUAUUAUUCAGUUGUAUUAUUGCACACUCUUGACACAGGUUUAUAUGUUGCUGACACAGGUUCACUAUUUGUUCCUGACAUAAGUUCACUAUAUGUUCCUGACACAAGUUCACUAUAUGUUCCUGAUACAGGUUCACGACAUGUUCCUGACACAGGUUCACGACAUUUUCCUGACAGAAGUUCACUACAUGUUCCUGACACAGGUUCAUUAUAUGUUCCCAACACAAGUUCACUACAUGUUCCUAAUACAGGUUUACUACAUGUUCCUGACACAGGUUCACGACAUGUUCCUGACACAGGUUCACUACUUGUUCCUGACAGGUUCACUACAUGUUCCUGACACAGGUUCACGACAUGUUCCUGACACAGAUUCACACAUUAAAUCAUUGUUUCUUUGCUGAAAAAAAAUGUCCCAAGUUAAAAAAGGAAUAUAAUUUAUUGGCUCACUCUUGAGAUGCCCAACAAAUACUCAAGAAAAUACACAUGCUCCUCAAGUUAUGAUGGUUCGACUUACAAUAUUUCAACUUCGUGAUGCUGCAAAAGUAAUUACUUUGGAGAUGAAACUUGAAAUAAUUACCCAGCAUGAAGGCGGCAUGUCCAUAGCUUGUAUAUGUUUCUUUACUUUUCAGUACUGGUAUUUAGUUACAGUAAUUAUUUGUUCAUUACUUAUUCAGUGAUAGUAGUUAUUUAUUUACUUAUUUAGCAUAUAUCCAUAUUCGUCAUACGAUAUUUUUGACUUAUGAUGAUUUGUGGGAACAUAACCCCAUUGUAAGUCAAGGAGCACCUGUAUUAUCUUUGUUAGACUCAGGCUCAGUUUGUCCUGAUAGAUCACUUGAGUUUGACCUAAAUUGACUGUCACUUUAAAAAUAUUCCUAUACACAUUGCUCAAGUUUAUAUUACAAUGGAGUUGAAGAGAGGCAGCUAGGGGGUUAAUUUUUUAAGUGUGGAAGUUAAGUGUUAAAUGACUUUAAAGUUUAACUAAGCAAGAUUGUUUUGAUAAGUGUGGUUGUCCAAGCCAGUGAGUAUCUGGUGCAGAUGGUAGCAUAAUAUGCACUAAUAAAUGAAGAUUUCAUUUAUUUUUAGAGAAAAUUCAGUGAUUUUUAGAUGGGCAGUAAGUUUAUUUUUGCUUGGCACAGUCUGGGAAAAGUCAGUUUCUCAGUACAUUUGUUAUUCAUGGUGAAGGCGCAGCGAUAGUGAAAAUUUUCUUCAGAUAUAUUAAUCUUCCUUCUCAGUAUGUGCAAUGCAUUAGACAUGACUAGUAAAUAAUUUUUUUACCAUUCUCUGUUACUUGAGAUGUAAUGAAAAUAAGAGUAUGUAGUUUACCUUAAAAACAAUCUAUUGAAAACGUCUGAUAAAGUGGGUACAUGGCAUUAAUGAAACUCGAUGCCUUAAUAUGGGUCAGUACCUACAAAAAUGUUUAACCAAAUAAGACAAUUAUCAUUGGCUAAUGCGAAGUGCACUGAGACCUAUAUGGUCGUUAAAAUCUUCAUGGGAUGUAAAAUUUAAAUUAAUCAAAUGUAAAAUUUAAAUUAAUCAUAUGUAAAAUUUAAAUUAAUCAAAUGUAAAAUUUAAAUUUACGAAAUGUAAAAUUUAAAUUAAAAGGACACAAGUGCAACUAAUGUGACAUUUAUUGUGGCAACGUUUCGCUCUCCAGGAGCUUUAUCAAGCUCCUGGAGAGCGAAACGUUGCCACAAUAAAUGUCACAUUAGUUGCACUUGUGUCCUUUUACUUUACAUAUUGUCGGUAAUUCUACCAACUUUAUUACAAAAUUUAAAUUACAGCUUUAAUUAAAAUUGGCCUUGUUUCUAGGAUUUUCAUUUUAAAAUUUAUCAGAAAAAAUGUCUAACUCAGUUUAUAAUUUUUUUUUGGGGGGGGCUGAUGAAAUUACUACAUUUUUUUUUAUUUUUAUUUUUUAUGGUUAAGAAAAUUAAGCCUAUGGAAUAUUAAGGUAAUUAUGUUUUCUGUCAGACAUAAUAGUAAUAUCAGGUUGGUUGUAUUAAUACUUGUAAAGUAACUAGUAACUGCACUGUUAUGCCAUCAUCAGAUCAAUUGGGAAAGUUAUUUUCUACACAGUUAAAGGGGCAUGUAAGUACUUGUCUUCUAAUAACAUGUUCAUAUUUCCACUAUAAUAUACCUUGUCUAUAAUUACUGUUGCAUUUGCUCUGUCUGCUUUUGUAAAGUGAAGUCUAGGAUCUCUCCUUAAUUCCUGGCAUAAGACAAUUAUCCUCAAAGAUUUGUUAAGUUAUACCAGGAAUUAAGGAAAAAUCCUAGACUUCACCUUAUGAAAGCAGACAAAGCAAAUGCAAUAGUAAUUAUGGACGAGGUAGAUUAUAGUGGGAAAAUAAUGAAUAUGUUAUUAGAAGACGGGUUAAGAUAUGGGAGAAAUGAAGUGGAAAUGCACCUUAAGCAGGUCCAUACACAGGAUUGUUGUUGAGAGUGUUUUUUAAGUGUAAUAAGCAGUGGUGAAUUAAGAGUGAAUGGGGCCCCUGGGGUGACACUUUUGCUGUGUAUGUGAGGCCCUUUGGGCAACACUUAUAUUGUAUGUUUGGGGCCCCUGGGAAAACACACAUACUGUAUAUGUUUUGCCCCUGGGGCAACACAUACCAUAUAUGUAAUAUAUUUAAAAUCCAUUCAUGCUUAUAAAUUAAUUACUUACAGUGAUGUAUAAUAAAAUCAUACAGAUUAAUUUGAAAUUAAAA